ACCUGGCUCUCGCUCCCGUACCAAGAUGGCGGCAGAAGCAGCUGGUGGGAAAUACAGGAGCACAGUCAGCAAAAGCAAAGACCCCUCGGGGCUGCUCAUCUCGGUGAUCAGGACUCUGUCUACCAGUGAUGAUGUUGAAGACCGAGAAAAUGAGAAAGGUCGCCUUGAAGAAGCCUAUGAGAAGUGUGACCGUGACCUGGAUGAAUUGAUCGUUCAGCACUACACAGAAUUGACCACAGCCAUUCGCACAUACCAGAGUAUCACAGAACGCAUCACUAACUCGAGGAAUAAAAUCAAGCAGGUCAAAGAGAAUCUGCUUUCCUGCAAGAUGCUGCUGCAUUGCAAACGGGAUGAGCUUCGUAAGCUGUGGAUUGAAGGAAUCGAGCAUAAGCACGUCCUGAACCUACUGGAUGAGAUUGAGAACAUCAAGCAAGUGCCUCAAAAGCUGGAACAGUGCAUGGCCAGCAAGCACUACCUCAGCGCCACCGACAUGCUGGUGUCAGCAGUGGAGUCCCUGGAGGGUCCACUGCUCCAGGUGGAAGGGCUCAGUGAUCUCAGGCUGGAACUUCACAGCAAGAAGAUGAACCUGCACUUGGUUCUCAUAGAGGAACUGCACCGCCAUCUGUAUAUCAAAUCCACUAGCCGGGUGGUACAGCGUAACAAGGAAAAGGGGAAGAUGAGUUCUCAUGGCAAAGAUCCCUCUCCUGGUCCUCUGAUUGAUGUUUCAAACAUCCCUACUCCACGCAAAUUCCUUGAUGCUUCUCAAUAUUCUGCUGCUGGAGGCUCAAGUGUGAGGGAGAUGAACCUGCAAGACGUCAAGGAGGACUUGGAGUGUGACCCAGAGGAGAACAGCACUCUUUUCAUGGGAAUUCUUAUUCAGGGCCUGGCCAGACUGAAGAAGAUCCCUGAGACAGUUAAAGCCAUUAAAGAGCGUCUGGAGCAGGAGCUAAAGCAGAUUGUGAAGAGGUCAACCACCCAGGUAGCAGACAGUGCUUAUCAGAGGGGAGAGAGCCUCACUGUGGACAAUCAGCCAAGGUUACUCCUAGAACUGCUGGAACUGUUGUUUGAUAAGUUUAAUGCCGUAGCCACUGCACACUCAGUGGUCCUGGGGUACCUCCAGGACUCUGUUGGGACCCAGCUAACACAGCAGGAGGAGAUCAAAUUAUAUGACAUGGCAGAUGUGUGGGUGAAGAUCCAGGAUGUGCUGCAGAUGCUGUUGACUGAGUACUUGGAUAUGAAGAACACACGCACCGCCUCAGAGCCAUCAGCCCAACUAAGCUAUGCCAGUACUGGACGAGAGUUCGCAGCCUUUUUUGCCAAGAAGAAACCACAGAGGCCAAAGAAUUCUCUUUUCAAGUUUGAAUCAUCCUCCCAUGCUAUCAGCAUGAGCGCCUAUCUCCGAGAACAAAGAAGGGAGCUCUACAGUCGGAGUGGAGAACUCCAGGGAGGUCCUGAUGACAACUUAAUUGAAGGUGGAGGAACAAAAUUUGUCUGCAAACCUGGAGCCAGAAAUAUUACCGUCAUAUUCCAUCCAUUACUGAGAUUUAUUCAGGAGAUUGAACAUGCCCUGGGACUUGGCCCUGCCAAACAGUGUCCUCUUCGAGAGUUUCUUACCGUGUAUAUCAAGAGCAUCUUCCUUAAUCAGGUCUUGGCUGAGAUCAACAAGGAGAUUGAAGGCGUCACCAAAACCUCAGACCCCUUGAAGAUCCUGGCUAAUGCAGACACCAUGAAGGUUCUGGGAGUGCAGCGGCCUCUUCUACAGAGCACAAUCAUCGUGGAGAAGACAGUACAAGACCUCAUGAACCUUAUGCAUGACUUGAGUGCGUAUUCAGAUCAGUUCCUCAACAUGGUGUGUGUGAAGCUCCAGGAGUACAAGGACACGUGCUCCACAGCCUACAGGGGCAUUGUCCAGUCAGAAGAGAAACUUGUCAUCAGUGCUUCUUGGGCAAAGGAUGAUGAUAUCAGCAGACUCUUGAAAUCGCUGCCAAACUGGACUAACAUGGCUCAGCCCAAACAGCUAAGGCCUAAGAGGGAGGAGGAAGAAGACUUCAUAAGGGCAGCCUUUGGCAAGGAGUCUGAAGUCCUGAUUGGAAACCUUGGUGACAAACUCAUUCCUCCACAAGACAUUCUCCGUGACGUUAGUGACCUCAAAGCCUUGGCCAACAUGCACGAAAGCCUGGAAUGGCUGGCAGGUCGAACAAAGUCAGCUUUCUCCAACCUUUCUACAUCCCAGAUGCUUUCCCCUGCUCAAGAGAGCCACGUGAACAUGGACCUUCCCCCAGUGUCUGAACAGAUCAUGCAGACACUGAGUGAGCUUGCCAAGACCUUCCAGGACAUGGCUGACCGCUGCUUGCUCGUCCUGCAUCUGGAAGUGAGAGUUCAUUGUUUCCACUAUCUCAUCCCUCUGGCAAAGGAGGGGAACUAUGCCAUCGUUGCCAAUGUGGAGAGUAUGGAUUACGACCCUCUAGUGGUCAAGCUCAACAAAGACAUCAGUGCCAUGGAAGAGGCCAUGAGCGCCAGCCUCCAGCAACAUAAGUUCCAGUACAUCUUUGAAGGUCUGGGACACCUCAUCUCCUGUAUCCUCAUUAAUGGGGCCCAAUACUUCCGGCGCAUCAGUGAGUCUGGCAUCAAGAAAAUGUGUAGGAACAUUUUUGUUCUUCAGCAGAACUUGACCAACAUCACCAUGUCACGGGAGGCAGACUUGGACUUUGCAAGGCAGUACUACGAGAUGCUGUACAACACAGCCGACGAGCUCCUGAACCUGGUGGUGGACCAGGGUGUGAAGUACACAGAGCUAGAGUACAUCCAUGCCCUGACCCUGCUGCACCGAAGCCAGACUGGUGUGGGGGACCAGACCACCCAGAACACCAGGCUGCAGAGACUCAAGGAGAUCAUCUGUGAGCAGGCUGCCAUCAAGCAAGCCACCAAGGACAAGAAAAUAACCACUGUGUGAUGGAGUGCACCUCACUGGGUGUGGGUGGGGUUCCCAGUAUGCACGGCCACAGACUCUAGCUGCUCAGCAUGGCCUGAGCUGGCUGUGCUCCAUCUACACUGAGGCUUAGUGGGUAGGCGGUGGAUUAUUUUCUCUUUAGUUUUGCUUUUUCAUAUGAACGCUAAGAAAGUUUGCAGUACAGAAUGUUGCCUAACAAACACUUUAGUCUAUUCUCAAGGGAUGAGGGUGGGACAGGGAGGAGGCCAUGCCAAGUUGCUGGACUCUGAGAAAGGAAUGAAGGAAAGCCGACUGCCACCUAAGUUUUAGGACCAUCCUGAAAUACUUAAUAAGGCCUGUGGCAUAAGCAGUCGGCUUUCUCUGGUCUUAGCCUUGUCAGUUUAUAGUUUAGUGUAGUAAGUAUAUGCACAUUGCUUUGUCUCCAUUGCCAAAAUCAAGUAAGCGCUUCUCAGCUGGCUUCCCAGCCCAAAACAGAUCUCUGUGAGCCUAGGAGAUAGCGGUCCUUUAUCCCAACCCUGGGACAGACUGCACACUCUAGCAGGAUUGUUCGCAGGCUGCUGGUUUGGUUUUACAAGCUUCUUGUUUUAUUCCUUCUGUAUUAAAACCAGUUAAGAGCAGUGACUGUCCUUCCAGAGGACCAGGGUUCAAGUCUCAACACCCGCAAACAGAGGCUCAUAACCCUCUGUAACUUCAGCUUCAUCUGACCUGAGGCCCUCGUAGUACUACAUGCACGUGGUGCACAGACAUACAUGCAGGCAAAAAUACUCAUACACACAAAGUAAAAAAAAAAAAAAAUGAUCAUAAAACUAUUGCUAAAAAUAGUAGGGAGGGAGAAAGGUGACUCACUGUUAAAGAACUUCCAUCUCACACACCAUCCAGGGUAAAUUGUAAGGAGCGUCCUCUUGCUCCCAUGCACACUGUCUUACUGACUUGGCUUGUUGCUGUGACAAAACACUCCUCGACACAAGCACCUCAAGAAAGGAAGGUUUAUUUAGCUAACCUCAAAAGGUACAGCUCAUCAGAGCAGGGAGGGUGACAGCAGGAGCCUGAGGCAGGGGCACUCAGGAAGCAUGGAGCAGUGCAUGCUGUGUUCAGCCCGCUUCCUCCUUUCCGUGCAGUCCAGGGUCUCAGCCACAGUCAGAGUGGGCCUUCCAACCUCAACUAAUAUAACUCAAAUAAUUCCACAUAAGCAAGGCCUAUAAAACACUGACCAAAAUCAACACACGCACACACCAUCUACACAGACACACAAAAAUAACUUUAAAAAAUUUUGACAAUGAAAAAGUAAAUCAAUUAUUAUAAUAAACAUUGAAACUACUAAAAAGUUGAGAGAGGUCUAAAGCAGUACAAGUAUUUUGUAUAAAGCAAUACAGCUCAGGUCUGCUUGGCUGAAAGCAGGGAAGACGGGACAUUUCCCCACGCAGCUGCCUCUGAAGCUUCUUUUUUCUGUUUGUUGGUUUUUGGUUUUUCAAGGCAGUAUUUCUGUCCUGAACUCACUCUACAGACCAGGCUGGCCCGGCCUUGAACUCAGAGAUCCCCUUGGGAUUAAAGGUUUGCACCACCACACCCAGCUGACUUGCCCUUUCCUGAUAUGGCUGCCUGCAAUGCUCCAGGCCCUCAAGUCCUCUCGCUACUCAAGGUUCAUAGGUCACUGGACACAACAGUUUAUCAACAAGGAUUCAUCUUGAAUACACUAGGGAAGGAGAGACAGAGGACUGGCCAUUCAAGGUCACUGUCAGACCCUGAGGGAGGGAAUUUUCACACUUGUUUCUAACAACUUUGGACUGGAUGGGAAUAACCAAAAAUUAAAAACUGUUUUGAGAUGCUUAAA